UCAGUGUGUGAGCGAUGCUGAACGUCAGUGUUUCUCUUACCAGAGAGUGGAAAAUGGAAAACCACUCACAUGCACUGUUCCAGUACGGCUUUCAGACACAAAGCUUGAUGCUUCUGCAUUUUCAUUGGCGUAGAAGAAAUUUUGAAUCUAACCAGCCAUUUUUGACAGAAAAGUAAGCUAUCUUCUUAACCUUUGACCAUUAACAACUUCUAAUAUAAUGCAAUAUCACACUAACAAGCAUGAUAUUGUUCCGAACACAUCGGUUGCUAGUGUCAUAUUGCUUAAAAAUAAAAUAAUCGUCAUUAAAAAAAUAAAACACUUUAUAUUUAGGUCUCAUUUAAUUUCAAAUUAUGUUUACAAGCAUUUAUUAAUUUCAGUUAAUGUUAGUUGAUAAAAAUGCAACUUUAUUCAUGUUAGUUCGCAUUAAUGUUAACAGAUACUAUGUUUUAUUUAAAAAAUGCAUUCAUAAAUUUUGAAACUAACAUUGAGUGCAAUAGACGCAAUAUUCAUUGUUAAUUCAUGUUUACUAAUAUGUGACCCUGCAGCACAAAAGCAGUCAUAAGCAGCACAGGUAUAUUUGGAGCAAUAGCCAACAAUACAUUGUAUGGGUCAAAAUGAUCAAAUUUUCUUUUAUGCCAAAAAUCAUUAGGAUAUUAAGUAAAGAUCAUGUUCCAUGAAGAUAUUUUGUAGAUUUCCUGCUGUAAAUACAUCAAAACUUAAUUUUUGAUUAGUAGCAUUGCUAUGAACGUGAUUUUCUAAAUAUUUUGAUUUUUUUUUCACCCUCAGAUUCCAGAUAUCCAUAUAGUUGUAUCUCAGUCAAAUAUUAUAUCAUAACAACCAUACAUCACUGAAAAGCUGAUUUAUUCAGCUUUCAGAUGCAUGUAUAAAUCUAAUUUUCAAAAAAAUUGUCCCUUAUGACUGGUUUUGUGAUCCAGGGUAACAUUAAAAAUUAUGUUUUAUAAUGUAUUAUUUUUUGUGAUGUUUUAUAGUUUAUUACACAUUAUUAUCCAUAUCCUAUAUUUCUAUAUAAGCAUGAUACGCUUGUCUUUAUGGGAUUUCUGAGCGGUGGAAGUAACACACGAGGUCAUCUGGAAGGAAAAUCUGAUUUUCUCAUGCUGAAACCGCUGCUUCUUUCCAGGCUGAGUAUUGCAGACCAUGUGGAUGCAAAACCUGGCAGUCCUUUCCAAGAGCAGCGUGUUCUCCUUCAACUGGAUCUAGACCAGAAAGCUGGACUUCAGGACUGCAGGAUUAUAUGAGCAUCACUAGCAGUGACUGGACUCCGUCUCAGAUCAUCUAUUUUGGAUUAUUCUGCUGAGGAGGAGUUACUUCGGAGAGCAUGAUUACUUCCAGAGCUGGAAUACUAGAGACUAAUCUAGUUUAUGUGGGCAAACUCAAUUACAGCAGCGAAUCCCUCAUGUGAACAGAGCAGCGUCUAAUUCGUUUUGCUGCAGGACGUGCAUUGACUUCUGCAGUUUGUGCACUCGUUCUUAAGCAAAAUCAAGAGUUUUGAAUCUUCACAAUGUGUUUUCAAUAGGAACAUUCUCUUGGAACGCAUAUAUUGGGACGAAAUCCAUUCUGUUUGUUGUUGGUGUGGAGUUGAAUCAAAUGGCUCGACCCGGCUCUGGGGUUCUGGUGUCGCUGGGAGGCGGAUACUCGUCUCAGAGCAUGGCUAGGGUAGUGGUUUGGGAAUGGCUGAAUGAACACGGCCGCUGGAGGCCAUACAGCGCCGCCGUUUGUCAUCACAUCGAAAACGUCCUGAAGGGAGACGCACGAGGGACCGUCAUACUGGGGCAGGUGGAUCCGCAGCUCGCACCCUACGUCAUAGACCUGCAGUCCAUGCAUCAGUUCAGACAAGACACAGGCACAAUGCGUCCCGUGCAGCGCAAUUUCUAUGACCCGUCCUCGGCUCCAGGCAAGGGCAUCGUGUGGGAAUGGGAGAACGACUGCGGCUCCUGGACAGCGUAUGACAUGGAGCUGUGCGUCAGCAUCCAGAACGCCUACGAGAAGCAGCACCCCUGGCUGGACCUGAGCUCUCUGGGCUUCAGCUAUGUGGUGGACUUCGACGGGAUGUCCCAAACCAACCGGCAGAGCCAGAGGAAGCGGCGCAUCCGCCGACGGAUGGACCUGGCUUACCCUCUCAUCGCCGGAUCCAUCCCCAAAUCCCAGUCCUGGCCGGUGGGCACCAGCUCGGGAACACCUUGCACCUGUCAGCAGUGUAUGCUGGUCCACAGCACAAGGGCCGCAUCCAACGCUAUCCUGGCGCUGCAGCAGAGGAGGAAGCUGUACGGGACGGAGGGCGGAGCCAACGCCGUCGUCAGGCAGAGCAACACCUUCGCUGGCUCCUCCCUCUGGUCGCCCGCGACGACCGUUGCCAGGGGACACCAUAACAACAUAUCGGUGGGAGGCGGAGGUGGAGGAGGAGGAGGUGGCGGGAAGGUUGAGAUGAAUGGUGUGAAUUUCCGGUGCGCUCCUGCGAUCGUGACGCUGCCGUCCAAUCACGCGCUUACUAUUAACGGACAGAACAAUCUGAACCGGCCGGGAACACAGCGGAUCACGGUGACGGCCAGCCGAGGAUCCGUCCCUCCUGGGGUUCCUGCACUUCCUGUGAAGAAUCUCACUGGGUCAGGACCGGUCCAUCCUGCAUUAGCAGGAAUGACUGGCAUCCUCAUGUGUGCUGCUGGGCUCCCCGUGUGUUUGACUCGGGCUCCUAAACCGAUCCUGCAUCCACCGCCGAUCAACAAGAGCGACCUGAAACCCGUGCCGGGGAUCAACAGCAUCCGACGCAAGACCAAGAAAAAGCACCUCCGCAAAGGUAAAAGCCCAGAGGACGUGGUUCGGCGCUACACAGAGAAGAUCAAGACGGCUCCCGAUGAGGACUGCACCAUCUGCAUGGAGCGACUGGCCACCGCAUCCGGAUACGAGGGAGUGCUGAGCUACAAAGGCAUCAAGCCUGAGCUGGUCGGCAAACUGGGAAAGUGCGGACACAUGUACCAUCUUCUGUGUCUGGUGGCCAUGUACAGCAACGGCAAUAAGGACGGCAGUCUGCAGUGUCCCACCUGUAAGGCCAUCUACGGGGAGAAAACCGGCACGCAGCCUCCUGGGAAGAUGGAGUACCACGUGAUUCCUCAUUCUCUACCUGGAUACUCAGACACCAAGACUAUACGGAUCGUCUAUGACAUUCCCGCUGGGAUACAGACCACAGAGCACCCGAAUCCUGGGAAAAAGUACAGCGCACGCGGAUUUCCUCGACACUGCUACUUACCGGACAACGAGAAAGGCCGGAAGGUGUUGAAGUUGCUAAUCAUGGCGUGGGACCGUCGUUUGAUCUUCACCAUCGGGACGUCCAGCACCACGGGAGAGAUGGACACGGUCGUGUGGAACGAGAUUCACCACAAGACAGAGUUCGGCUCCAACCUCACGGGCCACGGCUACCCCGACACCAACUAUCUGGACAACGUGAUGAGAGAACUGGCUGCCCAGGGCGUCGGAGAGGACAACCUGAAGGACUGAGGCUCGGUCCGCACACACACACACCUCAUGCCGAGGAGUUCCUGACCGCCAGAGAUACCUUUGACCUCUCUGGGAACAACGGUCCUCGCUGACCCUGAGUGAGAGACGAGGAGAUGUGGAUGAUGGAGUGAUCAAAUCAAUACAAAUUACUCUAAUCUGUUCCUCAUUCACCGUCACAGCUCUCUUUCUCUCUCUAUCUCUCGCGACGCUCUUUUUCAAGGCUACCCAGAAUGCAUCUGGGCUCAGACCGGUGCAUGUGGUAGUUGUAUAUACACACACAUUAGUGGUUGACCGAUACGGGAUUUUCAGUGGCGAUACCGCUACAGAUGUAAUAUGUCAUAUCCAGGGCUGUCAAAUGAUUCAAAUGUUUUAAUCUAAUUAAUUACAUGAUCUGCAGAUUAAUCAUCAGUUUUGGCUGAGAAAUUUCCCCCAAAAGAUUGUUUAUUGUGGUAUAUGAGAAAAAGCUUUGAAUAAAACAUUACAGAAAAGUAGCUUUAGAAAUAAAUAUUUUGAUUCAGCAUUGCGUAAAUAUUGAUAAAUGAGUAUUGGAAUAUUAAAUGGUUUUUAAAAAAUGAAAUGAAUUUUGAAAGUAAAACCUCUAGUAGGCGGCGGCCUAUGAGUGAGUCGUUGAAUUAUUCAUCCAACCGAUUUAUUCAAGCAGAUGAUUCAGUCAGAAAAGUCUCAUUGAAAUGAUUCAUUCAGAUGGCUGAUUCAUUGAGAAAUAAAGCUAGCGACUGUCUUAAUUAAUUCACUCGAUUUGUUCAAAUGGCUGAUUCAGUCAGUAACGAAGCAAGUGACUGUUUAAACGAACGAGUCACUGAAUCAUCGGCUCACUCAAUUCAAUCAAACGCCUGAUUCAUUCAGUAAUGAAGCUAGCGACUGUCUUCAUGAAUCAGUCACUGAAUCAUUGGCUCACUCGGUUCGUUCAAAAACGUGGAUUCAUUCAGUAACAACACACCACUGUGUUGCUUGCUGUGCUUAAUGCAAAAGAGUCUUCAUAAAAUAAAAAAAUAAAAACUAUUUUACCCAUUAUUUACUAGAAAAUGUAAGCUAAAUGAACACCUCUGUUAAUCUGCCAAUUAGUAGCUGAUGCUGAUGAUCUCAAAAUCACCAAAUAUCAGAUCAUUCAUUCCAUUUCUUGAUAUAUCGGUCUACCACUGCAUCCAAUAUCUGUGCAUUCCAUUGGAUAACAUGGAGACGUUUUCUUUCCAUGUUGAUUUUUUUAAACUGCAUCACUUUCCUGAUGUUUUCUGCCUGAAACAGCAUCAGUUUGGCCUCCGUAUAUGUAACCGAUUAAAGGAGGAAGCCUGUAGUUGUUGGGAAAUUGGUGUAGAUGGAUCCGUAAGCAGAUUUUCGGGGCUGUUUUUGAUGUUUGUGCAAGCGCUGCAUAAAAUAUCUGCAUUUCAAAACAUUCAGCUCUCCGGCUCGUGUGCUACUUUUGAACUUCAGAGCAAUUAGCGGAGCUCAGAGCGAACACUGAAAUUUGAGGAUCCUCCUGUGUGCGUUUUAACUUUUAGAAUGAAUAAGAUGAAUAGGAUGUCUUCUUGAAAUAUGCAAUGAUUCAUAUCCUAUCUUGCUUUGUUUCUCUUUUAUGUCAUUGAUCUGAGAGUGCGGCUUUCUGGCUCCAGACGGGUUUAUCUGUGCUGUGUUUGGAUUGGAAUACAGUCAUACUACGUUACUAGAACACUGCACACAGUAUACAGUACUAUUUUUAAAAUGCAGGCGUUAUUCCAUGAUGAAUGUUUUAAAUAAUUGUCCUUUUGAAUUGCAUGUGAGUGGCGUCCAGUUAUGAUGUUGAAUAAAUACGACUGUUGCCAAUUUUUGUGAAUUUAAGGCAGUGUUCAAAUAAUGAAUCAAAAUAGUCAAAUUUUUGUGGCUGACAUUUCUAGUUCAUUUGUCACACUGGAAAUAAAGUUGAGCAUUUUGCAGUGGUUCUCAACCAGGGGCCUGGGGCCUCAAAAUUCCUGAAAUGAUUUAAAAUAUAAUUUAUAAAGACAAAACAAGCAUUUAAAUAAGCUAAAGCAAAAAAAUUAAAAAUAAAAUAAAUAAAUAAAAAAAGAUAUUUCUCAUUUUGACUAACUUAAUCUCAAACCAAAAGUAACAAAACAUUGUUAAUUGGAAUAAUUUUUUUUUUUUUAAAUACUAAAAUAAAAUAAAAAAAAGAGAGAGAGAGAUUUUAUUUCAGCAUAUUGCCUAAACAGAAUCUCUCAAUUUCAUUUAGUUUAACUUGAAGUACUAAAAUAACUAAAACAAAAACUGAAGUAAAAAUGAAGAAAACUAUAUAGACUAAAAUAAUAUAAACGAUCAAUUCAUUAUAUCAAUUCUCUCUCUCCUUCGGCUUGCUCCCUUUAUCAGGGGCCGCAAAUAAUUAUAUCAAUUAACUAAAUAAAAUUACACUAAAUUAACACCGAACCGGGGUUCCCACAGUCUUUGAAAACCUGGAUGAGAAAUCCUCAUUUUGAAAGUGUGAUUUCUGUAUCUUGAAAAAUCAUAUAAUUGGAUAAAAUCUUAAAACCUCCUUAGGCACUUUUAUAAUCAAUAUACAUUUUACUAGCUAUGACAAGCUCUAAAAUAUUUUAUCGGGUAGAAAUUCUGAGUAAAAAUUAUGCUUAUGCUUAUGCUUAAUUUUUAUCCAGCACAUCAGGAAAGACCGGAAAAGUCAUGCAAAUUCAUGGGUUAAAAGGAGCAGGACACUUCAGCCCCUAAAACAUCUGCAAUCCUGAAAUGUAAUUAUUGAAAACUUUAAUUAUGAUUAUUUUAGGUGCUUUUUUUAUUUUUAGAAACCAGGAGUUCACAUAAAUUAAAAUGCAUUUGGUAAAACAAAACUAGGGCUUUAAGCUUUUUAAAUAUGGUAGUGGACAAUGAGGUCCCUUAGAGUCAAAAAGGUUGAGAAGCAUUGGCAUAGUGCAAUUACAGUAUUUCAUAGAGUGUGCUCCAGUUGCAUAUUUUAUCAAAUGCAUUGGGCCAUGCACAGGAAAUUGACACAGUGUGCAUGUAAACAUACUAGAUACUGUAGAAAUAGUAGUAUGUUCUGCUCUGUUCUGAACACAGCCCUCAUGUUUGGUGACAGAGUGUUUCUGAGCCCGGAGCAGAUAAAUCACGACUCAAACUCCUCUCAAGGUUAAAGGCGUUUCCAGAGAGCUGUGAUAAACACACACUCAUUAUGCCGUCCGUGGAGACGUGAGCACAGCGCUGUUAUCCAUCACGGCCUGGGCGGUGUGUGUUAUUGCUUUCUUUGCGGAUCUGAUGCCGGUUUGUGAUGUUCAGAGACGUUUCCCAGAGCAAGCGAUUCCCUCUGGGUCUGUGAACUGUGAUUUAUUUCUGCGGGGACUCUGAUACAUGUUUGUGUGUCAUCUGGAAGCCAAAGAUCGUGACGCCAUCAUACAGUCUCUGAAGGGCCGUUCACACUGACAGCGUUUUACAGCAACAAACCAAGCUUUUCUUUGCAUAACAUUUGCAUUCCUCUGUUUACAGCCAUUCAGAAGUAUCUGUGCGUUCUGAAUCUUUUUUUUUUUUUUUUUUUUUAAAUUUCAGUAAAAACAGUAAAAUUGUGAAAUAUUAUUGUAAUUUAGUUUUCUCUGAAUAUAUAGUUUUUCUGUGAUGCGCAGCUGAAUUUUCAGCAUCAUUACUCCAGUCUUCAGUGUCACAUGAUUCUUCAGAAAUCAUUCUAAUAUGCUGAUUUGCUGCUCAAGAAACAUUUCUGUUGAAAACAGAUAUAUUUUUACGGAAGCUGACAUUUUUAGGCUUCGUUGAUGAAUAGAAAGUUCAAAAGAACAGAAAUCUUUUGAAGCAUUAUAAAUGCUUUUGAUCAAUUUCAUGUGUUCUUAGUGAAUAAAUAUAUUAAUUUCAAAACAAAAACAACAACAUUUGAACAGUAGUGUAUUUCAUGCCAUUUUAGCUGCGUCAGUGUGAACGGCUCUUAAGACUCACGGAUGAUGCUGUUUUUAACGCUGUGGAUGAUUGAACAGCCCACAGAUCUGCAGUCUUCCUCCAUCCAGAAACGCAGAAUCUCUCUGAUUGUGUCUUGAAAUGUCUGUAUGCAUCUUUAGUUACUCUCGUGUCUUGUAAUGCUUAGAAGAACUCAAUAGAGUACAAUAUAUAGAGGUCAGCAUAUAAACACAUACAUUUAAGAGUGUGAUAUAUCUUUGAAGUGUUUAAAGUAUUUUUAUACUUACACGUGACGCACAUAUAUCUAAACACAGACACACACACACACACAUAUACACGUGUACAUAUUUGAUACAUGCUUUUUUGUCAAAUCUGACAGUUUGUCAGUAACGUCAGGGACUGUUACCGUGUUCUGAGCGUCUUAUAUUAGCCGUGCAGUUCAAGCAAUGAUCGCCGUUGCUGUCGAUGAUGUCGGUGGGAAGGGUUUGUUUGCGCGACUUUAACUUGCCCACCCAAAUGGGUCGUGUACCUUUAUAUAUCUGCAGGGAAUAUUUCAUUCGUCAUUCAUAGAAGCACUGCUCUAUAUGCACUGUCUGAUAUCACUGGAGAUCGUUCCUUAAAAAUGCUUUGAGCCUGUACAAACUGCAUUUUUGUGUUGAAUUUCAGUGUAACUUUGAGAUUGGAGAAUGAAAGUGUUAUUUUAGUGUCAUGAACAUUUUUAUUAAUAUUUUGAAUUCUUUUUUAUUUUGAAAUUUUCUGUUAUUUUGAUUAAAGUUUUAGUAAUUGUAUUGUGUAUUUUUAUUACUUGUCAUUAUUUAAAUGUCUGUAUAGUUUUCAUUUCAUUUCAUCACUUUUUGUAACCAUUUUAACCAAAUUUAACAUUUACAUUUAACCUUAUUAUUAAUGUCUUUGUAGUUUUAAAUUUUUCAGUUAAACUAAACGAAAAUUGUAAAUGUUGCUUUGGCAACUAGCUGAAAUAAAAUAUAAUAUUUUAUUUUAGUUCAUAUUUAUUUUAUUUUAAUGAACAAAAAUGUUUUUCAGUAGUUUUAGUUACUAAAUAAUAACCCUCAAACGUGUGUUUGGUUAAUAAACCAUCAGUACAGUUCUAAAGCUAUUUGUAUCAAAAAUAAAUUUGGACUAUAAUGGCUUUUUAGGUUACUUUUUUUUUUUUUUUGACCAAAUUUAAUAACAUAUAUAAUCACAUUUGAGCUUUUUUACAGUUCACUUCAAUCAUUUUGUAGCGUAAGAAAUGAAUGAUCCAUGUAGUCUCUCAAUUAUAAAGCUCAAACGAAUGACACUCAUAGUAAUUAUACAAGAAUUAGUGUCAUUUUAAAUAGUUUUGGAGUGUUUUAUGACACUGCGGUCACUGUUUGACAUGUCAACAACCAAAAUACUACCAGACUUUAAGAAACUUUUGUGAAGGUAAACUGAAUGGCAUGUUUUAGAUAUGCAUUUGAACUGGGUUUGUAUAGGCACUGUAGCUUUAAUGCCUUGUUGUUCAUCUUUCUCGUAGUCUAUGUGUAGUUUCUGAAAGAUACGAUAAAAAGAAAAAGGAUAAAAUGGAUCUGAGUUGAAAAUAUCCUGCGAGAGAAUUUACGAGAGUUUUAUGAGAGACUUGGACCGAUUAUGCAAUUCUGUAAGAGACGCGUGUUGAACGUUGUUUUCAUCCAAGCAGAUGUUGUGUUUUUACCCAGCAUGCUUUGUGCGCUCUUUUCAAAGGUGACUAAUUAGACCCCCCUCAUUAGACCUAAUUAGAUCAUUUAUCACCUGUCCAUAUGGUUCAUCCCAAAAUAACUCAUCAUUUUUAGCAGUUUGACUAUAUGCGCAAUAGUUCUGCCAAUGGGCCGUUUUAUAGUGAGGCGGAGCAUCGUCCUCUCAGCUGCAUGUUGAUUAUGAGCUUUUAGGACAUUAGAGAUGCUUUCAGGUGUAAGAUUGAUUUGAAAUAGUUGUAUGGCAAGCUAUUUUAACAUUUAAUCCUUAUAAAGUGUCUAUUGUCAUGCUAUGAGUACUUAGUUUUUAGAUAUCAUUAUCUAUUAAAUCCCUUCAUUAUUCAUUAGCUACUAGUGCUUAUUCUUUAGAUACUAUUAUCUUUUUAAAAUAUACUAGAAUUUAUUCAUUAGAUACUAGUACCAAUACGGCAAGCCAAUUUAAUGUUUAAUUGUACUAGUACCUAUUUUAGUACAUGUGGUGUCUAUUCCAUUAGGUACUAUUUAAUACUUAUUAGAUAGUAGUACCUAUUGAAUAGUUACUAGUACUUAUUUUAGUAGUGACUAGUAACUGUUCUGUUCUCACUAGUAACACAUUUCAAAUGAUUGCCAUUCACUUCUAUGGGGAUCUGUCAUUCAGAUAUCAACUAUUCGGUUCUGACUAGUAUGUAUUCCAGUUGUGACUAGUACAUAUUUUUUUAUAUACUAGUAGUUAUUUAUUAAGUACUAGUACUCAUUAAACUCUAGUUUCUCAUUAGUCACAACUGCUUUUUUUACUCGUUGUAUGUUAUGACUUGUCAGAAUGACCACUGACAAGCCAUUUUAAUAUUUAAUCCUUAAAAUGUACUAAUAUCUAUUUUCAUGCUACUAGUACUUAUUUUUUUAGCUACUAGUAUCUAUUCCAUGAGGUAGUAGUAGUAGUUAUUCAUUAGCUACUAGUGCUUAUCCUUUAGGCACUUAUAGUAGUACUUAUUCAUUAGAUAUUAGUACUUGUUUCAGUAGUGACUAGUAACUUUUCUAUUGUUUCUAGUAACGCAUUUUGGAUUUUUACAUUAAAUUCUGUGGGGAUCUGUCAUUCAGAUAUCAAAUGUUCAGUUCUGUUUAGUCUAGUAUGUAUUCCAAUUGUGACUAGUACAUAUUUUUUAUAUACUAGAAAUUAUUCAUCAGGUACUAGUAGCCAACUUAUUUUUUUGGUACUUGUACCAAUUAAAUAUAUACUAGUACUUAUUAUUAGAUAGUAGUACUAGUCAUAAUAUAUGACAAGUAAAAAUCAGUUGUGACUAGUAUAAUAAGAGUUGUUGCUAGUAAUAAUUACAAAAGAUACUAGUGUCUAAUAAAUAAGUACUAAUACCUAAUUAAUCGAGACUGGUAUCUAUUGAAAGGGUACUAGUACCUAAAGAAAAAUAAUAAUAUUUAAUAAUACUUUAAUGAAUACCUAAUAAUAAUCUAAUGAAUAUUUAUUAAUACUCUACACAUACUAGUCAGAACUGAAUAGUUAAUAUCUGAAGAGAAGAUUCCCAUAGAAGCCAAUUGUAAAAAUUUGAAAUGUGUCACUAGUUACAGAAGAACAGUUACUAGUCACUGAUGAAAUAAGUAUUAGUAUCUAAUACAUAAGAACUAGUAUCUAAUUAAAAAGUACUAUUACUUAAUGGAAUAUAUAGUAGUAGCUAACAAAAUAGGUACUAAUAGCAGUCAAAUAGAUACUAGUAUGUUAGUAUCUAAUUAAUGAGUAUCAGUAUCUAAUAAAUAAGUACCAAAUGAAUAAGUACUAGUAUCUUUUAAAAAGGUACUAGUUCCUAAAGAAUAAGUACUAUUAGCUAAUGAAAUGGAUACUAGUAGCUAAAAAAAGGUACUAGUAUCAUGAAAAUAGAUACUAGUAUGUUUUAUAGAUUAAAUGUUAAAACGCCUUGCAUUAUUGGUAGUAGUAUCUAAUUAAUGAGAUCCAGUAUCUAAUAAAUAAGAGCUAGUACUAAAUGAAUAAGUACCAGUAUCUUUUAAAAAGGUACCUAAUGGAAUAGAUACUAGUAGCUAAAAAAAGGUACUGGUAGCGUGAGAAAAGAUGUUUUACGGAUUAAAUGUUAAAAUGGCUUGCCAUAAUAGAUGCAUAUCUGUUUUUGGUGUGUUUAUUGCGGCUUUUGGCUUCAUUGGCGAAUCGCAGCGGAAGGUGAGAGUAUCACGUGGAGACGGCGGAUUAGUCAGGUGAUUUUAGACCAUAUGGCACCUAAAAAGAGCCACUGACGAGCUGAUCCGAGCCAAAUCCGUCAUCCCAGAUUCAUUAGCGUUUUAUAAUGAAAUGCAUUUGAUGGAACUGAAAUAGCAGGAUCGAGAAGAGCUGUUUCCCAGAAGGAAAUACGCUUUCUGAGGAGAAUAAUUUUGUAGCUGGCACACAUUUAAGUGUGUCACAACCUCAAACCUGCUCUUCUCGAAGAUCUUUCUGAAUAUAUAUGUAGAGGAUAUUGGUAAAUGUAGUGAAGUGGUUUCUGGGGGCAGAUUUGUAAUGAGUUGUGUUUUUUUUUUUUUCAUUAGGCCUCUCAUAUGAACAACUGAAGUGAAAUAAAAGUGCAUGGAUUUGUUCCUCAUAUCAUAGACUCUUACAGGCAAUAGAAUUAACAUGUACAUUAAGAGAAUCGAUUUCAAAUAUCAGACGAAUUGUUGUUCGAUGAAACAAUACAAGGGCUUUUAUGAUACGUGUCUUAAUGAAUCUGUUAUGAUCUUGUUGCAUGUCUGAAAUAAAUGUUUCCUCUGAAAGAAACCCUCAAUAAACCCUCUCCUUCAGCAAAGGGAGACUGAUUUGA